AUACUCUGCAUUUGAGACAGUAAGUUUCACCUCACUGAUACACAAAACUUGCAGAUUCUUAGAACAUGUGGACUUAGAUUAAUACUUUGUGUCUAUUUCUUUACGUGGACUUAAUUGAAUUCAGUUCUAUCGGUGGGAUCUUGUUAAUUUCACCUAACCGGCUUCUUGUACUUCUUGACAACACGUGAAUUUAAAGAAUAUUUGGUUGUCAAACGGUUGUGAAUUCCGCAAGUUGUAACUGCUUCAUCGCCAAUACAAAGACUAAGUUUUAAUUAUUACACGGAUAUACCUUACAAGUGACUUUUAUAUUACCCCAAGAAAGCCAACAUGAUUCCGGUUACCGUCUACAUUGGAGCAAUAGUGGUGCUGAUUGUAGCAGCCUACUUCAAGUUUUUGUUUCGAACACGGAAAGAAAAUGAACCUCCCAUUCCGAAAGGCCACUUCAUAUGGGGGAACGGAGACCAGUUCCAUAAAAAUGCUGUAAAAUUUCUCCACGAUACACAGAAAAAAUUAGGAGAUAUUUUCACAAUUCGACUUUUCCACCAGCAUUUAACAAUCCUAAUGGAUCCUCAUUCCUACGAAAGGAUGGUGAAGGAGAAAAAUUUUGAUUUCGAUGCAAUUCAGCGACAGGUGAAUCAUAAUGUCUUCAGCUUCGCUCUUACAGACGCCCGUAAAAUGAUCAAAGAGGCCGGAAAAACUGUAAAGGGACCUUACCUAAACAAGGGAAUGCACCAAUACGCCAAAUACCUCAACGACGCGUAUGUUGAUGUCAACGAAAGAACUGAUAUGGAUGCUGUAAAAAGUGAUUGGCAUACAGAUGGACUUAGAUCUUUCAAUGCCAAAACCUUAUUCUCUGCUUUAUUUUUCACAAUUUUUGGCAAAAUGGACAAUGAAACUUCAUUUCAACCCAACACCGUCUUCAAACACUUCGACACUUUCCACAAAUACUUCAACUACCUCUGGCUCGGGAUGCCUGUUAACAUGUUCCCAGAAGCCUUGAAAUCUCUUAAGUUCCUGUGCGAUCAACCAAACUCCCAAGAUUUUCUUAAGAGAAAAGACCUGUCUGAAUACAUUCGAUUUUCCAUGAAUUUCAUGUUGGACAACGGUCAGACGGAGCAGGACAUCAUUGGCCACAAUCUCGUAUACCUCCACGUCAAUUAUAAUACCUUCAGAAUGGCUUUCUGGGCUCUCUAUCAACUGAUGGAGCAUCCCGAGGCUCUGGAAGCACUCAGAACUGAGGUCCAGGAAAUCAUCGAAAGACGAGAAGACAAUGUCAACGAAGACGGUGAAAUUGAGCUCAGUCUGGAGGACGUCGACCGCCUCCCAGUUCUUGACAGUAUAACAAAGGAAACACUUAGAAUAUCUGGUGGAGUGUUCAUGGUGCGAGGUGUUGCUGAGGACACCGAAUUCCAAACAGAGGAUGGCCGCACAUACCACCUAAGAAAAGGGGAUAAAGUCGCCAUGUACCCACCAGCCAUUCACAAGGACCCAGAAAUUUUCGAAAACCCUGAUGAAUACAAAUAUGACAGGUUCGUCGAUGCCACUUUUUACAAGAAUGGAAGAGAAGUGAAGAACCCCAUCUUGGCUUUCGGUUCCUUGUGUCCAGGAAAGAAGUACGCCAUGUGCCAAGCCAAGUGGUUUAUGUUAUCCUUGGUGAAUGCAUUUGACUUUGAGCUGUGUGAAGGAGAGAAAACCGAGUGUGAUGUGAAUUAUCACGGACACGAAAUUCUACCCCCCACCAAUGAUGUUCAAAUUCGCUACAGAUUACGACAAGGACACAAAAAAUUAAUAUAUGUUUAAUGGACAAUUUUUAUCACGUUCAGUGGUUGUGUUUAAAUUAUUUAUUGACCAAUGAGUGUAAGAUUGAGGGAUGAAUGUUUUUCUGCUUGAAAUCAGGUGAGUGAGAGAAUGAAUGAGAGGUUAUGAAUGAAUGCUUGUACCAAGGUUGUGAUGUGGUUUUUUUUUUUUACGCCAGUAGAACUUACAAAAUUAUCACAUAUUUUGCAUAAACAGGUCCCAAUAGUUUUGUGAGUAUCUGAUAUGUGUGUUUGCGAGUCAGAAGAACAUUUUAUCAUACAUUUCGAGAAAAUUUCAUCUCCUCAUGUUUUGUUUGGAUGCGAUAGAUAUGACUAGCAUUUAAGCAUAAUCCCAAUUUUCUACGUUUUACGGGUACACGUGCAAAUACAGUUUGAGAAGAUUAUGGCAAAAGGCCAUGGUUGUAGUUGAAUUUAUUUUUUGAAUCUCCACAAUCUUAACGAGUUCGAAGAAGAAACUUGAAUCUCCUGUUGUUGUCUCAAGAUUAUAUUAGAACUCAAAGCAGUUUUUGUCCCUAAAUCGUUUGUAGUUCUUGUGAUGAUAGAUAUGUUAACAGUUUUGCCAAUUUGGACAAAUUGAUACCUUUUGUGAUGUCAUUGUGAACACAUUCGAAUACUUUGCAUCAACAAAACUUUUAUUUUUGUAUAUCAUGAAUUGACAAUUGUGAAAUGUCACUAGAAGACAUGUUGUAAAUUAUUUUCGCCAUGCCACAUUUUAGAACAUGAUUAUAUUUCAUGUUUUUCCCAUUCGUCUCCAUGUUAAGCAUUUGUAAAAUAUCAUUUAUUUAUUUUUUAAGUUAUUGAUAAUUUAUUUAACGUCCAAUUUAAGAUAUGUCAGAUCCAAGGUGCUUUAUACAGCCUUUUGAGGUUGUUACCAUUUGUUAUAAAUAAAUUGUAUGAAAUAUACAAAA